AUGUAUAAUACAUAUGACGUUCACCAUUAUGCUUCAUGGGCAUUUAUAAUUCUUUGGCCGAAACUACAGCUUUCACUCAACUUGGACUGUGCAGACCUUUGCGUGGCGGAAGACUCUGAACGUACAUACUUUGUCUUCUCGGGCUGUAACCUCUCACGCAGUUCACGAAUCUGCAUGGUUCAUGACUCUGGUGACCCCGAAGAUGAGCCUUGGCGGCGAUCGAAUGCCUACAUCAUGUUUCCUACUGACAACUGGAAGGAUCUGAAUCCUAAGUUCGUCUUGCAGGUUUGGCGCGACUACAAGUUAACACACGACAUCGAAUACUUGCUUUAUAUGAUGCCGAUUGUCAUUGUGAGAUUUCGAUUUUUUGAUAACACUAUCUUUAUUUGCUCUUUGUCUAUUAUUCAAUAA